AUGGACCAUUUGGUUUGUUACUUACCAGGCACCCUGGCACUAGGUUAUAUGCAUGGACUUGGCGAUGACCACUUGGAAUUGGCCAAGAAACUGAUGAAAACCUGUUUCAAUAUGUACAACCGGAUGCCAACCAAACUGAGCCCAGAAAUUGUCUACUUUAACAUGGCACCAGGCGCUAAGGAAGAUCUUAUUGUCAAGCCUGCAGAUGCUCACAAUCUCCAACGUCCUGAAACAGUAGAAAGUCUCUUCUAUUUGUACCAAAUCACUAAGGACAAAAAAUACCAAGAAUGGGGUUGGAUGAUCUUCCAGGCAUUUGAGAAAUACACCAAGCUUCCAAAUGCUGGUUACUCAUCUAUCAGCAACGUAAAGAGUACAACAAAUCAAGGUUUCCGUGAUAAAAUGGAGAGCUUCUUUUUGGCUGAAACGCUUAAGUAUUUCUACCUUUUGUUUGCUGAUGGCAACCCGAUCAUUCCACUUGACAAGUACGUGUUCAACAGUGAGGCACACCCACUCCCCAUUUAUGAUUCCUGA